AUGUGGCAGCUUGAGAAUGAAUUCGCGCACCAGUGGCUCGAUACCGCGACCACGAUCCCGAAUAUCACGGCUAUCAAUUACAUGCAACUUCUUCAGGACAAGCAUCGGGAAUGGGACAUUGAUGUCCCUCUCACCCAUAACAACCCGACCAUGUGGGCCCGAUCCUGGUCCAAAGACUUUAGUGAUGUUGGCGGCGAGGUCGAUGUAUACGGGGUUGACCACUACCCGGCCUGCUGGACCUGUGAUCUCUCUCAGUGCAUCUCAACCUACGGCGACAUCGAGCAGUACACGUUAUUCGAAUACUACACCCACUUCCAAGAGGUCGCAGAGACGCAGCCGUCGUUCCUGAUGGAGUUCCAAGGCGGCUCAUUCAAUCCCUGGAACGGACCAAAGGGUGGAUGCGAGAACCACACAGGGCCAGCCUUUGUGAACCUCUUCUACAGACAUAACCUCGCCCAAAAGGUCACAGCCGUGAACCUGUACAUGCUCUACGGUGGAACGAACUGGGGCAACAUUGCCUUCCCGGAGGUCGGCACUAGCUACGACUACUCUGCGCCUAUCCAUGAGAACCGCUUGAUCGGGGAUAAGUACAGUGAAGUUAAGCUCUUUGGGCUUUUCAUGCGUGUUGCUCGAGACUUUUCCAAAGUCAACCAUGUUGGGAAUAGCACAGACUACACGACCGACAAGGAUAUUACGGCCACUGAGCUGCGCAAUCCGGAUACCAAUGCUGGGUUCUAUGUUACACGCCACGAUUACUCGCCUUCGCGCGAGCGGACUCAGUUCAAAUUAGAUGUCUCCACGGAAGUUGGUGACUUCAGAAUCCCCAGCAAGGGAUCGAUUACCCUCGACGGGACAGACUCUAAAGUUCUAGUUACAGACUUCAGCAUCGGCCACACCGGAAAGAAGAUCACGUAUACUACACUGGAGAUACUUACUGUCUCAGACUUGGGAGACCGUCAGGUGGUUGUCUUCUGGGCGCCAGAGGGUGAAGAGGGUGAGUUUCUACUCAAGGGCUCAGAGUCUGGCAAGGUGCUUAGCGAGAGACGCGGAGGGAAAACAACGUUCGACAGAACCCGCAAUGGCGUUGUCACGAACGCGGUCAUAGGUAAAGAGAAGACGGUCAUCGACUACAACCAUGAUGUCCAAGCUGUCAUUGUUGAUCGCGCGGCCGCGUAUGAGUUUUGGGCUCCGACGCUGGAUAACGAUCCGCUUGCGUGGGAGAACUCAACGGUCCUCGUUCACGGACCUUAUCUUGUCCGCAAAGCUGAGAUCGAGGGGAACACCAUCCACAUCACGGGUGACUGGAAAGAGCAGACCCCAGUUGAGAUCUGGGCCCCGAAGAAGAUCAAACAAGCUACGUUCAACGGCUCAAAGCUUCGGGUUCGAAAGACUAGAUAUGGCACUCUGAUUGGGAAUCUUGCUGCACCGGAAGUUACCGUCGAGACCCUUGCUGCGCAGCUGCCCUCCCUUGACAAUUGGAAGGUCGCAAACGGGCUCCCUGAGAAGGAGGCAGACUAUGAUGACUCUAGAUGGACUAAUGCCGACCACGAGACUACUCCCCACUUCACCCCCCCAGAUACCUUCCCUGCCCUCUUCGCCGACGAAUACGGCUAUCAAGCCGGCCACCUCCUCUGGCGCGGCCGCUUCAAUGCCUCAGAGAGCGAUCCACCUUCAGGAGCCUACCUCCGCGUAAUCGGCGGCCGCGUCAGCGGUUUCUCAGCGUACGCAAACGGGCAAUUCGUCGGCUCCUACCUCGGCACCAUGGUCAACAGCACAGGGGAACUAAACAUCUCCUUCGAAAGCGUAACGCUCAACACCGAGGGCGAAAACGUCCUCCUCGUGAUUCAGGAUACGUCAGGGAAAGAGAAACGGUUUGGCAUGAUCGACCCAAGAGGAAUUCUUAACGCGACUAUAAUAGCAGGCGAUGGCUCCGCCGCAAACUUUACCUCGUGGAAAGUCGCCGGGAACGCAGGUGGGAAUAAUCUCAUCGAACCUAUUCGGGGCACGUAUAAUGAAGGCGGACUCCAUGCUGAGCGGCUGGGCUGGCAUCUUCCCGGCUUUGAUGACAGCGAGUGGGUGUCUGGCCUUCCGAAGGAUGGAUUCGUGGGUGCGGAUGCGCGGUUCUACCGCACCGUCGUGCCGCUGGACAUCCCCGAGGGCUAUGAUGCGAGUUUAGCAUUCGAGUUGCAUACAAAGCAUAAGGCGAAGCUGCGGGCUCAGCUGUGGGUUAACGGGUAUCAAUUCGCGAAGAUUAUCCCGUUGAUCUCGGAGGAGAAUGUUUUCCCUGUCUUCCCGGGCAUUCUGAACUACAAUGGUGAUAACACCAUCGGGCUGAGUGUCUGGGGGCAGGAAGAGGGGGGCGCGGCGGUUGAUGUUGACUGGAAAGUGUUGGGUAUCCAUCGCUCGGGCUUUGAUCCUCGCUUUGAUGCUGAGUAUCUCAGGCCUGGAUGGAAUGAUCGUUCUCAGUACGCAUGA